AUGGUUGCGUUCAAGUCCCUCUUCCUCGCUUUUGCGACCAUUGCCGGCGUCUUGAGCCGCCCAUUUGACUUCCUCGACGAAAUUGAGGACGACGGCAACGCUACAAGCACCCUCGAAGCCCGCCAGAUUACAGCCAACGGCGAGGGCUACCACAAUGGCUACUUCUACUCGUGGUGGUCCGACGGCGGCGGCUACGCCCAGUACACUAUGGGCGCUGGCAGCCAGUAUGCCGUAACCUGGCGCGACACGGGCAACUUUGUUGGAGGCAAGGGCUGGAACCCAGGCAAUGGCCGAACCAUCAACUACGGUGGCUACUUCAACCCUAGGGGCAACGGCUACCUGGCAGUAUACGGUUGGACGCGCAACCCCCUCGUCGAGUACUACGUGAUUGAAUCGUACGGCACGUACAACCCCAGCAGCGGCGCCUCGUACCGCGGCACCGUCAACACCGACGGAGGAACCUACAACAUCUACGUGUCCACCCGCUACAACCAGCCCUCCAUCGAUGGUACCCGCACUUUUCAGCAGUACUGGUCCGUCCGCACCAGCAAGCGCGUCGGAGGCUCCGUGACUAUGCAGAACCACUUCAACGCCUGGGCCAGCCACGGAAUGAAUCUGGGCUCGCACUACUACCAGAUCGUGGCGACUGAGGGCUACCAAAGCAGCGGCGAGUCCGAGGUAUACGUGCAGACCCAUUAA